GGAAAACUCAUAAAAAGAAAACUUUGAAAAUUAUCAUAAAAAUGAAUUUUAGCAUGAAAACUUUAGUUACAUUUGUUUUCAGUAUCCUUUCAAUUGUAUCUUUUGUUCAUUGCCAUCCAAAAAUUACUAAUACUCUAGGUUAUGGAAUAAAGGCAAGUCGUACUCUAUGUUUCUAUGGAGACAAAUCAUGUUAUUUUGCAGGAAAUUAUGGCUGUGCUCGAUUUUGUGACAGACAUGGUUUUAUAACUGGAAAUUGUAAACCAGAGGGUAAUGUAAAUAUAUGUUGUUGUUUUGAUCCAUUUGAUAAUAUGGGUCCAAAA